UUAUUUUCUCAAUUCAUCGAUUUAUUGAUCGGGUUGUAAAAAGUUAUAAAUAAUAGUGAGAAAUGCCACCAUGAUAACCCAGAGCCCAAUGGACACCUUCACAAUGUUUGUUUUGUCCAACCCACAGCAUCAAAAAAUUUAAAAGAAAAAAGAAACAAAGAAAGAAAUAGAAAUUAAAGCUGCACGCAGUGAUGGAUGGGCCCUCUCAAUCUGAGCGCGUUGGGGUGGACGUUACUGGAGGUGGGUCGAUGUAGUCCAGAAAUGUUUACUCGUUUAGCUACACUGAGCGAAGGAGUCACUUCCUGUGUCCCCCAUGUGGGGCUAAAAAAAUCCAUUAAUUGUUAUGUGCCAGCACAUCAAGUAUAAAGCACACCAUGAAAAUGUCAUGUACAUAUCAACGAUUGUCACACGAGGCUUACUUCCUGCUGCCAGUAGGUGGCACUGUGACUGAAUAGGUGAUAGAUGGGCGGGACUCUUCACAAUCAUGCGAAGUUAGGUGCAGAUUGUUUUAUGUACACUCAAGUUACGACAACGUCGUAAUUUGACGCCCGAAUACCAUCAACGUGGUAAUUUGACUCCUGAGUACCACCAACCAGUCUGCGGUGAAGUGUGGAAAACUGGAAUCUAGUCAUUGCCUUUUUCUUAUGACUUAUACUGGAUAAUUGUUAUCUAAUCUUUAUGCAUCACUGGUGACAUUUUAACGGGGUAUUUCCAGAACAGCACAACAUUAUUCUAACUGUUUUUACUCUUUAUAAUGACACACAAUUUCUGUGUAAAAACAGUCGGAAUUGUUUUGGAAUUAUUAUUAUUAAGAAAGCAGACUCAUGUGUUGACUAUGCUCAGAGCAUGUUGCCUCCUGAAUAUAGUUUAAUUAUAGCGUCCUUGAGGCUUUCCAUUAUAAUAAUGACAACUACAAGAUGAAACUCGAACUCCUGCUCUGUUAGUUUUGUGUCAACCGCAGUGACAGAGAGCCUGCCCUGCGGGGGUAUUGCUAAUGGCAACCUCGUCUUGAUCUCUGGCAACCAGGCAGCAGAGACACAUUACUGUAACGUUUGAGCGUCAUUCUGGGAUGAUUUGGGCUUAUUAAAGAUGACCGACACACUGCGGCUGGCGGCAGAAGCGGACAGACGGACUUUACCGACCCUCUCCCAGCUCUCUGAAAACGAUAUUACCUGUAUCUGGGCUGAUGUAUCCGCCUACAUUGAACGUCAGAUGACCUUACAGAAGGGGGUCCAUCUGGUAGGACUGGGGACCUUCACCUUUUCUCAGCAGAAGUUGGACAUAGGAAACAAGUUCACAGUGAUCCAAAGACCCAUCUUUCUCCUUGCUGGGAAACUAGUCCAGUCUCUGGGUUUAAAGCAGGUCAGGCCACUUGCUGCAGCAACACACCUACCAGUGGUGCAACUGAACUUUGCCGCUGUGUCACAAGAGACUCCUUUCAGUCGAGCUGUAGUGGAGGGCUGCAUUAGAGAAACUCUUCUGGUCCUUUUCAGAGCUUUGGCCUCUGAACAAAAUGUGUUCCUCACCUUCCAGGGAAUUGGAGUUCUGUCCUUUAAGAACAACAAGGCGCGGAUGAAGUUCAACAGAGAUUUUAUUAAUACCAUGGAUGGAACCGGUAGGCUGCUGUUAGCCUUUAACAAUAGACCUGGGAGCAGUGUCUCUCUAAUGUCUGGUGGACUGUCCAGGCUUCAGAGGCCACAAACUGCCAACCCCAUCACCCUGCCAACUGUCUGCUCCCCUCAAACAGACAACAAAGCUGGUGACAAAGAUCUAUGGAGCUUGUCACCAGCUCCAGACCAGAGGAAUGCAGGAGAAUUUCCCCAACAGAGAGAAACUAAAUCCCUCCAGACGCCGCAGCCCGUCACAGUGAAAGCUGAAGAAGAGAAGUACUACACACACAAAGACACAAAAGCUCACAGACAGACAACCACACACGCUCUAUGGGGUGGUUCAGUGUGCAGUGCACAGAGCUGUUGUUUUCAGGUAGAUGAGUCCCUGAGAGCUGAGAGCUCAGUGGUGGUCUUAUAUUGUUACUCCCCAGAGGCAGAUUCCAGCUCCAUCAAUGAUGCACAACUACCUGUGGGACAGAUUCCUCUUCUGCCUGAGACCUCAGUCUCACCACCAGAGGUCUCUCCCAAACUGGAGCAACCUCUUGUGAACAUUAGCUGCUCUGGCCACGCCCGUGCGGGACAGGAGCUGUGCUACCUGUGUAUGCAGCGGGCUCAAAGAAAUGUUCCAGUUUACCUGAGAGAGCAGCAGCAGGCAGAGGAGAAAGCUCAGGAGAAACUCUUACUGCUUAAAGAACAACAGAGAGACAAGCAGUACAUGGACAAAGAACAGGCAAAGCUUAAUGAGCAACGUGAGCAUGCAAAGCAAAUUGCUUCAUUCAACCUGCAAAUGUCCGACAAGAAAGAGAAGACUUACAGUUCUCUCUUCCCUACUUCAUUCAUCUUCCCGGCUCGGCCUCUCACUCCUGUCCGGAGCGUUCAGCAGCAUCGUUACAUGAACGAGCUUCAGAGCCAGAUAGAGAGCCGACGGCAACACGAGGCUCGAGACCAGCAGAACUGUCUGCUCAUGGAGCGUCUCGACCAGGUUCAGCUGGUCCAGGAGAUAGCUUUGCAGAAGGCUCAGCAGCUCCAGCAGAAACACGAGAGAACUAAGCAUUACAAGAGGGCUCUGGACACUCAGGUGGGAGAUAAGAAGUGCACAGACCCUCCAGAGUGCCAGUCUGAUAACUCUGGGAUCAACCGCUGUGAGACAGCAGCCAGCAACGCAGAGAGCCGAGAGAGGGCACAGAAGCUCUUCCAGGUAAAUUUCAGUGCUGCCACCCAGAGGAAGAAGGAAGAACAGCACAACCGCCAAAAACAGCUGGAGAAAGAGAGAGAAAUUCUCAAACUGAACAAAAUGGAAUUUAUGUUGGACCGCAUAAAUCGCUUUGAGAAGAGAAGGGACCUCAGUAAAUCACUAGAGGAUGAGUGGAGUCGCAGUGCGAAGCUCAAACACCAACGAGAGGAAGAGGAGAGGCGCUUCCUGAGGUCUGCUGGUCAGCUCCUGGUAGAUAAGCUUGCACAGUACAGGCGCUGCUGUCAGUGCAAACGGAGGACCACUAACGGUGGAGAGACCAACAUCUGGAAAGACUCUCAUUAUCUCUCUGGCUCCCAGUUCAUGAUCUGAUGAACAGUGUAGACCUCGGCCCUUGUAACUCAUCACGCAGCAGUCAUCAAAGUUUAAAAUAAUAAGUUAAGCAUAUGUGAAGCAUACAUGCAUGUUAUGGUGCGCAGUAUGCGCUAUCCUCUGUUGUAAUGUGAGAUUUAUUCUUGGUCCUUUCCUAAAUUAAUCUUCGAAUGUUUCUUGUACUUUUAUUUUCCCCAUAUGGUUGUUUUUUGUAUUUGUAUGUCCAAUGGUUGCAUGUUACAAUACUCACAGAUAAUAUAUCCAUUCAAUAAAAU